GUGACCUUGAACGUUUCAAAUGUAAUUUCGGUAGACGAGGAUGUAAUGUUGGGAUAGAGAAUCUAUCACUUAGAAGGUUUUCUGUUUUGAAUUUUUAAGAGGGACCUAUUAAAAUUCCGAAAAAAUAAUCAUCUGGUAAUCUGCUGCAAUUUAAAAUGAGUUCAGACUGGAAUUCCUUACCAGUCAAAUUAUCUGAAAGCAUACUAAAAGCUAUCGAUGCAUUAGGAUUUAAAGAGUCUCUGCCCGUUCAGCAAUAUGUUAUUCCUCUCCUAUUAAAUUCAAAAGAUGUUGCAGCUGAAGCUAUCACUGGUUCUGGGAAAACUUUGGCAUUUGUUAUUCCCGUUUUGGAGAUAUUAUUAAAAAGAAAACGCCCAUGGCAAACAUAUGAAAUUGGAGCUUUGAUUUUAUCUCCUACCUGUGAAUUAGCAAUACAAAUAUAUGAAAUAGUGUUACACUUUAUCAAAUAUGUCAAUGCAAACUCCAAUGAGUAUAAUUUCUCAGCGCUUGUCUUCACUAGUAGUGGACGUUCUAGUGGAGCUACAACAAAAUUUCAAGACUUCAAUAAUUUUAAAGAAAAAGGUUCCACUAUUCUUGUUGCUACACCUGGACGGUUAACUGAUUUAAUUUUGGCUGGUGCAGUUGUUGAUUAUGGAUUAGGUAAUAUGGCUAAUCCUGUUAUUCGUGGACUUCGAAGUAUGGAGGUUUUGAUACUUGAUGAAGCUGAUCGUCUUCUAGAAAUGGGAUUUGAAUCACAAAUCAACACCAUCUUAUCUUUCUUACCUAAACAACGAAGAACAGGACUGUUUUCUGCGACUCAAACAACUCGUGUUGAAGAUCUUGUAAGAGCUGGACUCCGUAAUCCAGUUCGUGUGACCGUGAGUCAACAAACACAGAAAGAAUUGGAAUGUGUGAAUAAUCAGUCUCUGCAACAACGCAUUCCAUCUGCACUUCAAAAUUUUUAUACAAUUGUUGAACCAGAUGAGAAAAUUUCACUUAUUGUACGCUUUAUUUUAAUGCAUAGAAAAGAGAAAAUUUUAAUAUUUUUCGCUACAUGUGCAUGUGUAGAUUAUUUCUAUUGUAUACUAAAAGGUCUACUAUCAUUGAAACAAUCAAAACGUAUACAAAGAUUACAUGGAAAAUUGAAUAAAAAACGAUUUGAUCUUUUCACAAAGUUUAAAAAUACAUCCAACGGAAUAUUAUUGUGCACUGAUGUAAUGGCUCGAGGUAUAGAUGUACCACACAUUGAUUGGGUUAUUCAGUGUGAUCCACCAACAAGUGCAAAUGAAUUUGUUCAUCGUUGUGGUCGAACCGCUAGAUGUGGACUUGAAGGCAAUGCUUUAUUGUUUGUUACUUCUCAAGAAGCUGCAUAUAUCAAUUUCCUUCAUAUAAACCAACAAGUAAAUUUAUUACAUAUGGAACGCGAUGAACUUAAUCAACAUAUAACUCCAUUGACUACAGUCGAUACGAUAGAUUCUAUUACUGAACGAAUUCGAAAUCUUUGUAAAAAAGACAAAUUAUUACAUGAGAAAGCAAUACGUGCAUUUGUAUCGUAUGUUCAAUUUUAUCGAAAACACGAAUGUAAUUUACUACUGAAUUAUAAAAAAUUGGAUUAUGGUCGAUUAGCCAACGGUUUUGGACUUUUAAAACUCCCAUCUAUGCCAGAAUUACGAACUGGUAAUGUUAGUUCAUUUAAUCCAUCAAAUGUAGACAUAUCAAAAUUAACUUAUCGGGAUAAAAGUGUAGCUAAACAGCGUGAAUUAAUGCAAUCAUCUGAUGAAACACCUAAAGAAAAUAAACCUAAAUGGUUAAUUAAAAAAGAAAAAAAUAAAGCAUGGAUUGCUAAAAAGAAACGAGCACGUAAAAUUAAAGCAUUAAAGAAACAACAUUUAGUUAAUGAAUCUUUGCACCCGGAAAUCUGUGAAAAGAAGAAUAAGGAGAUAAUAGCAACCAAACAGGAGAAUAGUGUAAAAGAUAUUGAUGAAUUACUUGCCGACUAUAGAUUAUUAAAGAAAUCAUAUAAGGGGAAGAUCAACGAAAAGUGAUUAGAAACUUCUAUUGAUAUAUUCGUCAUGCCACAAAGAAGAAACAAAUUGGAAUUUGCCUUUUGAGCCACUAACACCUUUCUGUACAUGUUCAUUGAUUAUCAAAUAUGCUAGUCUUUUGUAAAUAAAAGAAUACUUGUACCAUACAUCGAAUGCUAACGAUGACAUAUUUUGGCGUGUCUUUCUGUAUUUCUUAUUGUAAAUCUUUUUAU